UUGGAUCCAGCUGCAGGAUGGAGGGAACAUCUGUCCACAGGCUGCUGGCUCUGAUCUUUCUGCUGAGCCGCUCAACAAACCAAGUUCAUCUGACUGUGAAUCCCAGCAGAUCUCAGUUCUUUCAGGAUGAAUCAGUGACUCUGAUCUGUGAGGAUGAAAACAGACCUGAUGGAUGGACUGUGAGGAGAAACACAAGCAGAGAGACCAGGAAGCAAUGUGGAGAUGAAUUUGGGCUGUUUGCUGGUUUUACCUGCAGCAUCAACUCCUUGUAUCCAUCAGAUACUGGUGUGUACUGGUGUGAGUCCAGGUCUGGAUCCUCCAGCAGCAGCAGCAUCCAGCUCUCUGUCUCUGGUGGAUCAGUGAUCCUGCAGAGUCCUGUCCUCCCUGUGAUGGAGGGAGAUGACGUCACUCUGAGCUGCAGAGCAAGGAAUCCAACCCACAACCUCCCAGCUGCUUUCUAUAAAGAUGGCUCCUUCAUUGGUGAUGGAUCAUCAGGUCACAUGACCCUCCUCCAUGUUUCCAGCUCUGAUGAAGGCCUCUAUAAAUGUAACAUCAGAGGUCAUGGAGAGUCUCCAUCCAGCAGGAUCUCUGUCAAAGAGAAACCUCCAACCACUGCUCCACCCUCCUCUUCCUCCUCCUCUUCCUCAGUUCAUCUGACUGUGAAUCCCAGCAGAUCUCAGUUCUUUGAAUAUGAAUCAGUGACUCUGAUCUGUGAGGAUGAAAACGGAUCUGAUGGAUGGACUGUGAGGAGAAACACAACUAAAGGAACCAGGACUGAGUGUAAAGAUGGAUGGGGAGCUGCAGUUGGUUCUACCUGUAACAUGAACUUAUUACAAGAGGACUCUGGUGUGUACUGGUGUGAGUCCAGGUCUGGAUCCUCCAGCAGCAGCAGCAGCAGCAGCAGCAGCAGCAGCAGCAGCAGCAGCAGCAGCAGCAGCAGCAGCAGCAGCAGCAGCAGCAGCAGCAGCAGCAGCAGCAGCAGCAGCAGCAUCCAGCUCUCUGUCUCUGGUGGAUCAGUGAUCCUGCAGAGUCCUGUCCUCCCUGUGAUGGAGGGAGAUGACGUCACUCUGAGCUGCAGAUCAAGGAAUCCAACCCACAACCUCCCAGCUGCUUUCUAUAAAGAUGGCUCCUUCAUUGGUGAUGGAUCAUCAGGUCACAUGACCCUCCUCCAUGUUUCCAGCUCUGAUGAAGGCCUCUAUAAAUGUAACAUCAGAGGUCAUGGAGAGUCUCCAUCCAGCAGGAUCUCUGUCAAAGAGAAACCUCCAACCACUGCUCCACCCUCCUCUUCCUCCUCCUCUUCCUCAGUUCAUCUGACUGUGAAUCCCAGCAGAUCUCAGUUCUUUCAGGAUGAAUCAGUGACUCUGAUCUGUGAGGAUGAAAACAGAUCUGAUGGAUGGACUGUGAGGAGAAACACGAUCGGAGGAACCAGGAAGCAAUGUGGAGAUGGAUUUGGGCAGUUUGCUGGUUCUACCUGCAGCAUCAACUCCUUGUAUCCAUAUGAUACUGGUGUGUACUGGUGUGAGUCCAGGUCUGGAUCCUCCAGCAGCAGCAGCAUCCAGCUCUCUGUCUCUGGUGGAUCAGUGAUCCUGCAGAGUCCUGUCCUCCCUGUGAUGGAGGGAGAUGACGUCACUCUGAGCUGCAGAUCAAGGAAUCCAACCCACAACCUCCCAGCUGAUUUCUAUAAAGAUGGCGUCGUCAUCGGCAACGAGUCAUCAGGUCACAUGACCCUCCUCCAUGUUUCCAGCUGUGAUGAAGGCCUCUAUAAAUGUAACAUCAGAGAUCAUGGAGAGUCUCCAUCCAGCAGGAUCUCUGUCAAAGCUUCCAACAUCAUGACCUCUGACCUCUCAGCAGGCGCAGGAACUGGAGGACCAAACUGAAGAUGUUUCUAAGACGUUCCUCCUGUCCUGUAUUAUGAUGUUGAGACAAUGUUGGUUUGAAAUAUAAAAACAUUUAUCAGUUAGUUCUGCCAGACACACAAACCUGUUUUUAUUCAGAACUCUGCAGAAGGAACCUUAAAAAUCAGAGACUGUCUGGUUCCUCAGAAGGGAAACGGUCCGGAGCUGGGAGCCCAACCGAUUCUGGACAGCAGUGGUUCUGACUCCGACCCAUCAGAGGCUGGACUUUCCUGGGCAGAAAUAAAGAUUUAGGACAAUCAGUUUAAGGGAUUUUAUAAAUUUUUCUGCAUCGUUUUAAAAUCCCUGUUCAGAAAGCUGCAGGUCUCACCAACAGUUUGGACUUUUAAAACUUCAUUCCCAGGAGUUUUUAUCACUGAUGGUUAAAUCUAGAUAAUCUCUGUUAUGGAUGUUUUCCUUCAGUACCACGUUCCUGAAAACAUUCAUAAAUGAACCAUUUUAGAUCUGAGCUGAUCGUGGCUGAAGCUUUAAAACAUCUGAUGCUCACAAACUAUUAGUGUUGAAAUUUACUGGGUUCUGAACAGAAACAGCAAAAUCUCCAUCUUAUUGAAUGAUCAAUCAUUACAGUAAUGAAGAAUCAAUAACUGAAGGUUAUUGAUUUAUAAAGAUAUUUCCAUUUAAUUCAAAGUUUAAAAAAUAAUAACUUUUUCAAAAUACAGUUCUGCCUUUUGGUUUGUGAAACAGUUUUAGAUUAUUUACCAACUAAUCUAAUCUAAUCUAAUCUAAUCUAAUCUAAUCUAAUCUAAUCUAAUCUAAUCUAAUCUAAUCUAAUCUAAUCUGUUUAUUGGUUUUAUUUUUUAUACUUUUACUGUUUAUAUCUGCAGUAGUUUUUGUUUUAUUAUCAUUUUUUAUUUUUCUCGGCGUUACAUUCAGUGUUACUAAUGUUUGAAUAAAGAAUUUGACUGUAAAGUUGAAUAUUCUUCUGUUAAUAAACUCAUAGAUUUGAAA